CAUGCUCACUGAGCCAGCUCCACAAACCAUGAGGCUGUCACUGACACUGACACUGCUGCUGCUGGGAGCCUGGGGCAUCCCAGGGGGCCUUGGAGACAGGCCUCCACUCACAGCCACUGCCCCGCAGCUGGACGAUGAGGAGAAGUACUCAGCUCAUAUGCCUGCUCACCUGCGCUGUGAUGCCUGCAGGGCGGUGGCCUACCAGAUGUGGCAACAUUUGGCAAAGGCAGAGGCCAAGCUUCACACCCGGGACUCAGGAGGGCAGCAGGAGCUGAGUGAAUCAGUAUACACAGACAUCCUGGACCGGAGCUGCUCCCAGACCUGGCAGGGCUACGGGGUCCGAGAAGUGAACCAGGUGAAACGUCUCACGGGCCCAGGACUCAGCAAGGGGCCAGAGCCAAACAUCAGCGUGAUGAUCACAGGGGGCCCCUGGCCCACCAGGCUCUCCAUGACAUGUUUGCACUACCUGGGGGAGUUUGGAGAAGACCAGAUCUACGAAGCCCACCAACAAGGCCGAGAGGCUCUGGAGGCGUUGCUGUGUGGAGGCCCCCAGGGGGCCUGCUCAGAGGAGGCACCUGUCAGGAAGACAGAGCUCUAGUCCAACUGCUCCUUCCCCUUCCUGGUCAGCCCCUGAAGGGAGCUGGGCUUCCUCUGGAUCUGUCCUACUCCUUUGUGCAGGCUGCCUGGAGGGCAGGGAGGCCAUGCUUUUCUGUGCUGCCAUGGCCACCACCCCCCUCCUCAGGCUUUAGAACACUGGGGCCUGGUGUGUGUGAGGCGAGGCCUUCCCUUCUGGACUCAAAUAAAACCCAGU